GUUUCUGAUAUCGUCCCACAAAUAAUGUCAUAUUUCGAUAAUGGCGAUUGUAACAAGGAGAUCAAUGGAACGACUGCUUUAUUUGAUGAGAAGAAAAUUACAAUUUGUUAUCAUGAAUUCAAUAAUUCUUAUCCAGCAGCAAUGAGAAUCGAUGAUAAAAUUUGGCCCAACGUCAAGCAUUAUUUUCAUAUUAUGAAAAGCGAAACGGAAAAAGCUUCUUUGAUGGAAAUAAAUUCUCAUGAUAGAAAUAUUUUGCUAGAAAAUAUCUUGCGUAAAGCACUAUACAAUAAAUUCUCGCAACAUUCACGACUUAAACAUAUACUUUUAUCAACUCGAAUUGCUUCCAUUUGCUUUACACAAGAAACCUGCCAAUGUAAUUUACAUGAUUACGUACAUCUAAACUCAAAAAAUACCGUGAAAAGUGAUACAAAAAUCUUAAAAGCAAAGUUUAUCAAUAUCUUGGAAGAAGUAAGAUAUAAUUUGAUUCAAGAAGAGAGAGAAAGAAUUAAGUCAGAGCAUGGAAAUUUAAUGAAUAAAGAAAAGAAUCUUUUCCUAUUGUGAAACGAGUAACCAUUGGGUUGUAAUAAAUAAU